AUGCAAACUGAAACUGAAGAAAACAAAAGGCUUUUGGCGCAUCACAAACAGCAGCCGCUCUGCACCAGUCGCUUGCCGUACCGACAAGGAAGAAAACUUACUGCUGUUAAAGUGUAUACCAUUGCCACAGAAUCAAACCAUCUCCUCAUCUUUGGUGUUCCUGCUCUCAAUCUCCGUCAAGAAACCAAGGCACUAUUCAUGAAGUUUGGCAAACUAUUACAGUUUAAUAUAUCACCGCAACACCCAUCAGAGAUUUUCGCAGAGACAUACCACGCACAGUACGAAAGAAUACAAUCCGCCAGAAUAGCAAAGCGAAUGUUGGACACAAAAAACUUUUAUGGCGGCUCAUUACACGUAUGCUACGCUCCAGAGAUGGAAACCGUUGAGGAGACCAGACAGAAAUUAUUGCAGCGACAAAAAGAUGUGCUAUACAGGCUUAGAAAUUUGCAGAUGGCCGAGACUAAACCCAAAGAAACAAUUGAUAUAGAAGUACCAAAAACAAAAGUUUCCAAGCUUAACAUGGGUGAAAUAAACACUAUCAAUUUAGGUGAACAGAUAAAAGUUUCAAGGAGCAAGAGAAAAAAAAAUACAGUAUAUUCAAACAAAAAAUUUAAACCAUAUUUAAUAAACGAUUCCUAUAAUGUUGCCAAUAGAAAUAAUAUAGAUAUACUCUGUGUUUCAAACGAAAAAGACAUAAACAAUAAAUUGGAUAAUGGAGUACAAGAUAAAAACAUAAUAAUAGAAAAAGGACCAGUCUAUAACAGCGAAGCUAAAGUUAAGCGUAAAAAAAUUGAGGAAACACCAGUAGAAGUGAUAGACUGUACAUCCAUUGAUAAAGAGGUUGUAACUAAUAUAAAUGAAUAUUUAAACUAUGAUAAGUUUGGUAAUGAAGAUAUAAGGAAAGUUCCGGAGAAGCCAGUUAAUAGAAUUAUAUUUAAUGUUAAUAAAAUAAGUUGA